GUAAUCUCUCUUUAUAUAUGUGAAUUUUAAAAUGAAGGUUUAUUCUGUUUUUAGCUUGAUAACUACAUUACAAUGUCAGCUUCGUAUGGUUUACCUGGUGGGUCGGAUUUGAUACAACUUAACUGGAACAGCAAUUGGGGCAAUGACAAGUCUAAUGGAAGAAAACCUGCCAAAAGUAAUUCAACCAAAGGUUCAAAAAUUCUAUCACCACCAAAAAAGGAUCUUACAAUAGAAGAUUUAAGCCACUCUUUCAUUUGUGGUGUAUUGGCACCGAUUCUUGAUAGAAAAAGCAACAAUAAUAAUAAUGUGUUGGGUUUGGCUAGAAUAAUGGAAUUCAAGGAGGAUACUAUUGUGUAUUUGGAAAACUGUUUUUAUGGUGAUGGUAGUCCAGCUACAGAUUUUUUGGCAAGGUUUGUUGCUGAGAAGCCAGAUGUUACGAUAUCUGAGUUAAGGCGCUGUUUAAGUCACAAGGGCUUACCAAAAGAAGCGAUUGAUGCAAUAGCUUCAUAUGAUGAUUUAGAGAUAAUUGAUGAUAUACUGCCAUUACAUCUAGAUGAUUUAGCCUCAAAGUUGACAACACGUGGAAGAACAAAUUGUGACUGGGAGUAUGUGGCUUUAUGGUUUGGUUACCAGGAGCAAAUUUCAUUACUGAAAGCAUCAGUUCCAAGAAGUGUUGAAAGUGCUACGGUUGAAUUAAUAAGUUUAAUAAAAACACAACGACCAGGCAUGAAAGUGAAGUCAAUGAUCGCGUCUUUGGAAUUAAUAUGUAAUGAUGAAGCUGCAAACGCCCUUAAAUCUCAAUUAAACAAAAAGGUGUAAUCUCAUUGUAUGUACAUUGAUAUUUAAGCUCACUUAACUCAACAUUAUGUAUAUUGUGAUAUUUUUUUCAACCAAUAUGGAAAAUCUUGUUAAUUUUUAUAUUUUGUACGUUUCUCAAAUAAAACUGCAUUUUCUGAACAAAUUAAUACGCCUACAUAUUUGUUUUGCAUGUAUGUGGUGAACGUACUACUUUUCGAUGUUUAAUCACUGCACUGUCUAAACAAGUUCAAAAAUGUAUGGCAGGUGAUAUAAGUUCUUGAAAAAAAAGUGUUUUUUUUUGACAUUAUAUAUACAUCUUUAGUGUAUUAUAUAAAUGUGUUUAUAAUUAUAUUUAUGUAAUUCUAAUUGUUACAACAACAAAAUUUUUUGAGUUGUGAACAGCACUCUGCAAGGCUUUACAUUAUAUGAUUAUGUAUCAUUAUAUCAAAAUAUUGCUGUAAAACUAAAUGUAAGGUAAAAUAUUAUAUAAUGGAUAUACAUAAAGGUCGAAAAAAAGAAUGUAUAUAAAAUGCUUA